AUUUCCAUUCUUUUCAGGGGAAUUCAGCAGAUUUAAUAAGUCUAGUGUCCUUAGGCUAGACCGUCUAGAUUUAUAAGGCUGGUCAUGGCUGGAGGAGGUGGCUCCGAACAUCUGGCUUUGGUCGAAAGAACCUUAAAUUGGACACAGCCAACAUGAAAAACGGGACGGAACCUUUUUUGUUCCAAACGGUUGCAAAGGUUCCGGGUAGCGAAGUGACGGAAUAAUCAAGUCGACGUACACAAAAAGCUGACGCUCUUCCGGCCAGCUCAGCGUCAGUCUUGUCUGUCUCCAGGCUGUCCGUUUACUAACCUCCAGCAUUUCUUUUAUAAAUAUCAUCGGUGGGCAGAGAUGGUGCUGCUGACCAUGAUCGCCCGGCUGGCUGACGGUCUGCCGCUGGCCGCAUCGAUGCAGGAGGACGAGCAGUUGGGCCGGGACCUGCAGCAGUACCAGAGUCAAGCCAAGCAGCUUUUCAGAAAACUCAACGAACAGAGUCCCACACGCUGCACUUUAGAGGCGGGCUCUAUGUCGUUUCACUAUUUUAUCGAGAAAGGAGUGUGCUACCUUGUGUUGUGCGAAGCUAGCUUUCCCAAAAAGCUGGCCUUUGCUUACCUGGAGGACCUGCAGGCUGAGUUUCACGAGCAGCACGGGAAGAAAGUACCCAUCGUAUCCAGACCUUACUCCUUUAUUGAGUUUGACACCUACAUUCAAAAAACCAAGAAGGCCUACAUAGACAGCCGAGCCAGAAGGAAUCUGGGCAGCAUCAACACGGAGCUGCAGGAUGUGCAGAGGAUCAUGGUGGCCAACAUCGAAGAGGUGCUGCAGAGAGGAGAGGCCCUCUCCGCACUAGACUCCAAGGCCAGCAACUUGGCCAGCCUGUCCAAGAAGUACCGCAGCGACGCCAAGUACCUGAACACCCGCUCCACUUACGCCAAGCUGGCCGCCGGUGGUGUCUUUUUCAUCAUGUUCAUCGUCUACGUGCGCUUCUGGUGGCUCUGAAAACUUAAGGGAAGGAAGUAUGCAACUGAGGCUGCAUCGGGUCUACAGACACUACAAAAAAACCCACCUUUGACUAAAAACAGCAUCCUUAAUAUGAGUUUUCAAACAACAUUACCUCCCGUUUUGUUGUAUGCAGAUGAUCGUGUAUUGAAUUACACUUUCAUAAUUAAUUGCCCUCAGUGAGGAAACUCAACGGCAUUUUGAGGGCAAUCGCAUGCAAAUGUAGAGGAAAAAUGACGGGACUUUUGCUGUAAGUUUCCACACCCUUACAGGGGCUGCUCAGUAAUCACCUUAAAUACUGUAUAGCGUUACCCACACUAGAAUAUCCAGAGUGGGUAUUGACAUUUAUUAUAGUCACAAUUUGACUGACAUACCAUUAAUCAGCCCACAACAGUUUAAUUUAGGUGUUUUUUUUUUUAUUUUAAAGAUUGUUUGUGGCAGAUUGUUUUUUCGCCAUAGUGACAUUUCUAAGUAUCCCUUGCACCUCUAUAUGGCAAGCACAUAAAAACAAAGCAUAAUAAAAAAAGAUAAUAAUAAUAUAUGCCGUAUGUGCGGGCUCCUUUUAUCUUGUACAAAGUUUACUCAUGUAAAUGUAAAAGUGGCUUCAGGCUGAGCAGCAGAGCUGCAAACAAGACACAAACCAGCUCUUUUUUUUCUGUUUCUGUCUGCCAGCAGUGAAUAAAAUGGUUUGCACAGCGCAAA